AUGAAGAGAUUGAACUAUUGUCACAAAGGAACACACAAGGAACGCCCAAGGAACACACAAGGAACGUACAAGGAACGCCCAAGGAACACACAAGGAACGCGCACCCACACGCACCCCAUGCACGAGCAAAACGCGAGGAACGGUACCCACCGCGAGAAGGAAUCGAAGAGGAACGUCACCCCUACAACACCCUCUGUUGGUUGCGAAACGCCGCCUUUUACAGUUCAGAAAGCUAAAGAUGACAAACCUGUCGCAAAAGAAGAGUUACAAAUUCGUAUUGUUCCUUAUUAUCUCUGA